AUGGUGAGUCCACUGGUCUCAGCUUGGGCACACAAAUGCAGAUGUGUAGAGGUACUCAGGCAUCAGGCAGAACACGUGCACGGGGCUGCCGACUCGACGGUGACCGUCACAGUCACUGCAACGCUGAGUAAAUUUGAGACCGAGCUGGAGCGCCAACAAGAGGAACUUGACUCCAAGCUGAGCAGCGUGAACGCCCUGGACUCCAGACUCCAGCAGAUGGAGAGCAAGAUGGCAGACAGAGAGAAGCAGCUGGCUUCGCAAGCAGAGGCGCUGACCGAACUGGAACUGCAGCUGGAACAGCGCUCCAGGCAGCUGGAGCAGGCGCUCGUCCGCAAGGAACAACAGCAGGAGUUGGAGUCGAAAGCGGAGCAGGCUAUGAUGCGCCUGGAACGAAUCCUGGAAGAAGAGGAGCGAGCCGCAGAAAGACGAUCCGAACAGGAACAGAUGUGGCGCGUGUCCCUGGAGAAGCUGGAGGCAGAGUCGAAGAAGCGCUUGGAGCGGCUGGAGACGUCGGAGAGACAGCAGCGGGAGCAGUGGCAGAAGUCCCUGGAGAAGAGGGAGGAGGCGACGAGGCAGCUGAGGGAGGCGGUGGAGCAGCAGGAACAGCGACUGGCGGCCGCGAGGGAACAGCUGGCGGCGCAGCUGGGCUCGCUGCAGCAGCUGCGGCCCGCCGCACAGGAUGGCGACAAACUCGAGGAGAAGGUGAGGUCACUAAUACAGGACCACGAAGCUCUCCUUGAGGAAGACUCUGCAGCGAGGAAGAAGUUCCUCAAGGAGGCGGAGGACCAUCUGCAACGCACUUCUGACGAACUGGAACGCAAACUGACGGAGGCCCGUAAACGGGACCGGGAGCAGAUGACCGCAGACCUGGAGAGGAAGCUGGAGGCCGCACGCCGAGAUCAGGACGGCGCCCAGGAGCAGCUCACGCUGCGCAUCCGGGACUACGAGGCGCUGCUGGCGAGGCGUCGGGACGAGGAGACCAAGAGGAGACAGCAGCUGGACGAGGAGGCCUCGCAGGAGCUGCGGCGCUGGCGCGAGGCCCAGGAGGGGACGGUCCGCCGGCUGGAGGAGGCGCUGGAGCAGAGCCGGAGCAGGCUGGAGGCCCUGGCGGCGGCCGUCGCGGCGCAGGCGGUCUCGGGGUCCAGGAAGCGCAGCAAAGGCAGCGGCAGCAGCAGUGACAGCGACAGCGACAGCGACAGCGGAUCCGAGCGCCCCAGAGGGAGGUCCGUCCAGAAGCUGAAGGCCGAGGUGUGGGGCCAGGUACUGGCCGAGCUGGACAGGGUCAAGGAGGACCUGCGGGAGGAGCAGCGGAGGGCCGUCGAGCAGCGGAACGAGACGUCGCGGCUGGUGCUGAAGGAGAUGGAGGCGGCGCUGGUGGCCCGCAUCGAGGGCCGGCUGGGCGAGAUCGAGCAGGCGGCCAGCGCCGAAGGGGGGGAUGGCGACGCGUCGCAGGGGGAAAUCCGCCGGCGCGUGGAGGAACUGGCCGAGGAGCUCAAGGAGAAGACCGCCAACGAGAUCAGCUCCAAAUGGAAACUGGAGAGGGUGGGGAUCAAGGAAGAACUGGCGGAGGACCUGGAAGUGAAGGUGCGGCGAUACAUGCACGAUAUGGAACGAGACAUGCAGACCAAGACCCUGGAGGAGGUGUACAGUAAGAUCGAAGAUCUGAGAACAGCUGUAGUAGCGUCUGUCGUUGCUGAAACGGUGGAGGAGAAAUGGAGUCAUACCGCAAAGCAGCUGGAGAAAGACAUCGUGUCGGCCGUCAUGGAGAAAGUCAAGAAAGAGAGAAAGGAAGAUAUAAGCGAAAUCGAACAAACUGUUGCCAAGGAGGUAGAGGAGAAACUGCGCAAAACUGUAGACGAUGUUGAGGAUAAAGUGGACCGCAGGGUCAGAGAAACACUGUCUACGUCGAGAAAUGACGAAAGAGAGUACACGAAGAGUUUGGUCGUCAGUCUGAUAGAAGAAAGGGGGAAACUGGUUUCUGGAGAAAUGGAUGAGAAGCUACUGCAGGGAGUGCUGGUCCACGUGAAAGACUCCAUUAAGGUCGACCAGGACAAAGCCAGGCAGGAACUGAUCGAACAGUGGAACGAGACCGUCAGACGCUCCACAGUCGAGCUGAGGGACAAAAUGGAGAAGGAAGUGUCUGAAGAAGUUAGAAAGCGCUGGAAAGAAGACAGCAACAAGAUCAGGAAGGACUUGGAAGAGGAACUCAAGGAGGAAAUAAAAGAAGAAGUGAAAAAAGUGAAGAAAGACAUUCGGGAAGACGUAACGGAGAAAGCACUCUCAGAAGUUAAGGAGAACGAGGUGAAGAUGAAAGCGAUCAUCACUGCCGAAGUCGGAACAAAGUUGGCCAGCUUGCAGUACCAGUUAAAGGAAGAGUUUGGUAGUGAAAUAUCCCAGACGACGAAAUCUUUGGUGGAAGAGGAGCUCCUGAAGACCAAACAGCAAGUCAUACAAGACUCGGAGGCGGUGGUUCGCGAGGCGGUGAGCGUGGAGUGCGGCCGCGUGCUGGCGACGCUGUCACGGCACGAGCAGGAGGCGCGCGACCGCCUGGAGCUGGUGUGCCAGGAGCUGAUCAAGGGCCAGCUGGACAGGCUGGGCCGCUGCUGCGACCGCGGGCUGCAGGAGAUCAGGGAGGCGAUCGAGAAGGCAACGGAUCAGAUUAACUCAGGAAUUCGAGAUUCUGCUGACAGUGCAGUCCACAAGGCCCGGGAGCGGCUCUCCACGCUGGAGCUGGAAGCGACGUCUCGCGUCCAGAGCGAGUGCGAGCGACUGCUGCGCGACUUCCAGGAGGAGUGCGACCAGAGGCUCCAGCUGGACCAGCAGCUGGAGGAGGACCGCAAGCGCGAGAUGGAGGAGCGGAAGCAGCGCCUGAAGAACCUGAUCGAGAACAUCUUCGCGGACGAGGAGAGCGUGUCCACGGAGAACAUGGCGGAGGCGCUGCUGGAGGAGGAGGAGGCGGAGCUGGAGCGCCGGCUGUCGCUGCGGGGCUCCCAGCGGGGGCGGCGCCGCCCCCACUCCCAGCUGGAGUCCUCCCUGGAGGGCACCGAGCGCGCCGAGUCCUGGGCGCUCGUCCAGGACAGCCCAGCCGCUGCGGCCCACGAAGACGCCCCAGCAGCCCAGCCAGCCACCCCACAGAGGCCACAGCAGACACUGAUGGCGCAGGUGACGAUGCUGCCGCAAGAGAGAGUGCGGAGCCAAUCUCUGGCAAUGCAGUCUGUGCGGGCGCCACCGGUCGUGAAGACCCGGGCGCGGACUGUUUCGCAGCCACUGGCGCAGAUGCAGGUGAAGCCGGCGGUGCGAAAGCCGCCAGUGCGGGCGGCGAAGUCAGCACUGCCAAUCGCCAAGCCCCGACUGUGCGUGCAGACGAUGCCAUCCAUGGGGAUGCCUCCUCCACUUCCGCCGAAGCCGCCUGUGGCCAAAGAAGACAGAGAGAAGGCCAAAGAGGCGGACCAGAAGAAAGAGAAGAAGAAGGAGAAGAAAGAGAAAAACGACAAGCAGUCGUCGACGUCCUCGUCCUCGUCGUCGAGCUCCUCGGAGGGCGAGGAGUCUGGGAAGGCCCUGGAGAGGGCGGGCGUGGGCCGCGGCACGUGGCAGCUGGUGGGCGGCGCCGGACACGCCGCCCUCAGCCUGAGGGCCGCCGGGAGGGCCGCCCCCGGGGCGCCGGACGCACCUCCAGCACCACCGGGGAUCAUGCGUCCAAUCAGCUACGUGCCCGGUCGGACAGACGGCGACAACAAGGAAGACGACGGCGCCAUCUUCGUCUGA